AUGACAAAAAAGGGCUCAAUUGAAGAUGCUGUUCAAGGCAAGGGAGUUCAUGUCGACGGCGACAAUCGUAUUUGCUGGGAUGAAGAUGCUGGCCAACACCCCCGGAAUUGGAGCUUUGGGACAAAGACAUACACUGCUGCUCUCAUAUGCUGGUUGGAGAUGUACAUGACGGCGAUCAGCUCUUCUGGGACAGCCACUGCAGACUCGGCACGAGAGGAGUACGGUGUCAGCAGAACGAUGGCCUAUUUCGUCUUCGUCACCAUAUACUUGUUGGGUCAAACCAUAGGUAGCAUCUUCUGCUCACCCAUCUCAGAAGUAUUCGGACGACGAACCAUAUACAUCAUUGCAGCAACGAUCUUCUGCAUCUCCUCGGCGAUAGUAGCCGCGGUGCCGUCAAUAAUCGGUGUAUACUUCGGUCGGUUCUUCCAAGGCGUGGCUGCGGCAAUUCCAGCGACUGUCGCUUUUGGCAACUUUGAUGACAUGUAUAAUGCUGAACAUAGGAUCUGGGUCGUCUACAUUUAUACCAUCCUCGGUAUGCUGGGACUAGCACUGGGCCCAAUUUACUCGACAUACAUCACUUCGAGCAUUGGCUGGCGCUGGGUAUACUACAUCUCUACAAUUGUCAUGGCUGCCACCGCUGCGGCAUGCAUCUUCACAAAGGAGUCAAACGCAAACCAAUUACUCGACAAGAUUAUCAAGGAAAUACGGGAAGAGACUGCUAUCGAAGAUGUCAAGUCUAGCAAUGUUGAGGGAGAAGGGUUUACAGUGGCCACGUUUGCGCAGAACGCUCUCUUCCGACCCUUGCAGUUCCUUGUAACAGAUCCCCUGGUCUUCUUCUGCGCCGUAUUAUGCGCCAUCGCUUUCGGUCUCAUUUACGGCUUGACAGAAUCACUUACCAUAGUCUACACCGCGCCGCCAUUCAACUUCUCACAGAACAGCUCCAGUCUCGCAUUUCUCGCCAUCGCGAUCGGCGAGGUGCUCAAUAUCCUCCCCCGGAUCUACGACGCCCACAUAUACAAGAAAUACCGCCGAACCCACCGGCGCAUCCUUCCAGAGAGCAAAAUCGCGUCGUUUGCAAUUGCGGCGCCAUCUCUUGCCAUCGGUCUAUGGCUUUUCGCCUGGACCAUUCCACCGCGGGUCACAAAUGUUCCUUGGCCUGUCAGCAUGAUUGGUCUGGUAAUGAUCGGAUUCAGUCUCAACGAUUUUAGUUACGUGCUUUUUGGAUACGCCACUGACAGCUAUGGAGAAUAUGCUGCUAGCGCUGUCAGUGCUAUCAGCUUGACGCGUACGUUGACUGCUGCGGUAUUUCCACUCUUCACGCAUCAGAUGUAUACGGGGUUGGGUAGUAAUGUUGCCACGAGCAUCUUAGCGGCGGUGGCGAGUCUCUUUGCCUUUACGCCAUUAUUAUUCUUGAAGUAUGGUUCGAGACUGAGGCAUCGAAGCAAGUUUGCGGCGGACGAUGAGCAAGCUCUGCAGCAGGAGAACCUCCAUAUGAAGGAUAAAGAGUAG